AUGAUAUCAGUAGCAUUUCAUGGAACAAGAGCAUAUCUUAUAGACAAAAGUCUUAUACCAAUAGUUUUGUUAUGGUUAGACCCAGUUGUUGGAUAUAACUUCAUAACAUAUGGUUCAUUCGAUACGGAACGUUGCAGUGAAGGCUUACUUUAUAUCGUUCAGAAACCGAAGGACUUCAACACAAAAAGAUAUAAGAUAGGAAGGACAUAUAAUAUAACUCAAAGAUAUGACAGUACAGUCAAUAGAGUCAAGGUUGUGUUUGUUAAUGAUAUGAGAGCUGCUGAAACAGAACUGCUUGAAGUUUUUGAGAAAAUGUAUGGUGCUCCCACGAAAGGUAAAGAAACGUUUGAAGUAGAUGAGAUAGAUAAAGCUAUAAAAUUAUUUGACGAAGUUGCUGAAAAAUACAUGUAA